UAAGAUAACCAUAAAUUGGAUUUAUUUUGACUUAGUUUUUGUCAAUUUCAGUCGUACAGUUUCAGGACAACUAACUCCAAGGAAUGUAGUCACCUGUUCCUUCUUUAGAACUGCACUGUGCUCUGGCUUUCCAGGGGGCAAGGGUCGCCGGGGCCCUGCCGAUGGAGUUCUAGGCCAGGGUCACUUUUUUUUACUUGCGUUAUCAGAGGCAGAGCGUCCAGCUUGACAAACUCUGCAGAAGGCUCCCGAUAGGGAAACCCGUGAGCGCCAAUCUAGGAGACCAAACCGACCCGCUGCGGUCGACCAACCCAACCCCGGGGUCCCUGGGUCCUCCUCGGAGCCCAGGGAGACAGGAGUGGGGAGAGGGAGCCCCUGAAGGAGAGCCACAGGCAGGUCUCAACCCGCCGGAGAUCACACUGCUAAUCUGUGGUCCAAACCGCCCGCCGCCUCCGAGCAGUCGUCGGAUUGCCGCCCCCCAGGGAGCCACUCGGCCCAAGAAGCAACACAGCCCCGGCUCUCUUGCUCCGGAGAGGCUCCGCAGGCCGGCAUCGAGGCAGGCGAGCUCGCCCCGGCAUCUCAGCCCACGCCGUGGUCCACUGUCUUGCGAAGAUGUCCGCCAAGCCCUCUGUCGGCUUCGUGAACGAGGCUUCUCGGCAGAUCCUAGCCGGUGGCUCUGCUGGUAAGGCCGCCCCGCCCCGCCGGGGGCUAGUAGCCUUUCCUUUCGCGUGUUCCGAAAACCUUUCUCCGAAAAGUCUCCCCACCAUAGGUCUUGCCUUCUUCCUCUGCCUUCCGCGCUCGGGGUUCAGAGCCUGACUAGCCCGAGCCCGCGAGAGUAAAGAAAGCCGGGAUCAGGCGGCGGGCCCCGGGUGUCCCAGGUCCAGUCGCCGCGGCGCCUGCGGCGGCCGCUCUCGAGUUCCCCGCCUUCUGUGUUCCUAGCCUGGAAAGCAAGGUCUUGUAGAAAUUUGCCUGAUGCACCCUCUCGAUGUGGUGAAAACCAGGUUCCAGAUUCAGAGAUGUGCAACCGAUCCAAACAGUUAUAAAAGCUUAGGAGACAGCUUUCGAAUGAUUUUGCGCACAGAAGGGUUGUUCGGUUUUUACAAGGGGAUUAUACCACCCAUCUUGGCUGAAACACCAAAAAGAGCAGUAAAGUUUUUCACCUUUGAGCAGUACAAGAAAUUGCUUGGAUAUGUGUCACUGUCACCAGCAUUGACAUUUGCCAUUGCUGGAUUGGGAUCUGGACUAACAGAAGCCAUCGUGGUCAACCCUUUUGAGGUAGUAAAAGUUGGCUUGCAAGCCAAUCGGAACAGAUUUACAGAGCAACCAUCCACCGUGAGUUAUGCAAGACACAUCAUUAAGAAGGAAGGUUUGGGACUCCGAGGCCUCAACAAAGGAUUUACAGCAACUUUGGGACGUCAUGGAGUUUUCAAUAUGGUUUAUUUUGGCUUCUACUUCAAUGUCAAAAACAUUAUUCCUGUCAAUCAGGAUCCAACCUUGGAGUUUUUGAGAAAAUUUGGGAUUGGUCUUCUCUCAGGCACAAUAGCCUCAGUCAUUAACAUCCCUUUUGAUGUUGCCAAAAGUCGGAUUCAAGGGCCUCAGCCAGUUCCUGGAGAGAUCAAGUACAGAACCUGUUUUAAAACAAUGGCCACGGUCUAUCAGGAAGAAGGCAUUUUAGCUUUGUAUAAAGGCCUGCUUCCCAAGAUUAUGAGGCUUGGACCAGGUGGUGCAGUGAUGCUGCUGGUUUAUGAAUACACCUAUUCAUGGCUUCAGGAGAACUGGUGAUUGCCUACGGUGUAUUUUUCCCCCUUGUGAAAAUGGAUUUUCAUUAGACAGCACCAUCAGGAGGCAAGACUAUCUAUCAGUUAAGCCUAUACAAUGAUAAAUUAUAAUUAUACACUUAGAUACAGUUGUAAAAGGUAAAACAGUGUUCAAGAACAAAACCUAUUUUGAUACUUCAAAAAUUAUCUCUAGACAAUUUGAAACUGUCGUUUUAAUAUCCUUAAAACUAAGAGGAGAAAAUUAAUACUGUGAAGCAAUGAAAUAUAUAAACUGAAUAUAGAAAAGUAGCAUGGAAAUUAGAUAUAUUCCAUAAAAAACAAUACAAAUUUUAUGACCUAUGUUCCUCUUAUCUGGCUUUACAAUAAAAAUUCAUUGUAUUGAUGAUUAUUUUUUCCUGAAAGGUAAAGAAGUGCUUAUAAGUGAAAAAAAUAUGCCAAAAUUUAAGGGAUUAAAUUAAAUAUUAUUUAAUCAUAUACAAGGAAAAUGUUUCUGAAGAGUACUAAAAUGGCCUUUUUAAAAUUUCAUGUUAAAAUGUGAAUUGUUGGUUUCCUUUGGUAAUAAUAUACAUCUCAUUUGUAUUUUCCUAAACCUACUUUAUAUUUUGCACUGUUGGUUAAAGCAGGUCAUAUUUUUAAAUUAUGAUAUUUGAAGUGUUUUGUGACAAAGAUAAAACAUGAAAUUAUAUUAAAACUACUUUUCUUUACAUAGUUCCCUUUGAAAACAAGUUUUAAUGCUGAAAUAUUUUUAUGUUAAAUCAAAAUUUGAACUGCUCCUUAGGCCUGUGUGUGCUGUCUGUGUUUGCAUCACAUACCUUUUCUCAGAAUUCUUAUCUAUGCCAUUUUUUUAAAAGGAUGUUUAGAAUAAAACUACAUUUCUAGCUUACUAGUUUUAAGUGAUGGUUUCAGAUGUGAAGUCUACCAACUUCAAUGUUAAAAUAUGUAUUACGAAGGAGAAAAUGUUUCAAAAGAGAAGUACAUUCUUAGCAUUUCCAAAGAUGCCUGUACUAACAUGCACUCAAAAAAAAAAAUUUCCUUGACGUUGAUGUAACGAGGCUUAAUUUUAUAUCUGCAUCCUGAAGUGAUGCUCCUUCAGUAGCUCGAGCCAACAAAGAUAUCUGUUCUAGGAUGACACCUGUUCUUAACUAUAACCAGAAGAUCUGUCUACCAUGAAGCUGUAUCACUAAAACAUUUUGAAAAUAAAAAAUGAAAGAUAA